GCUUCACAAUGUACCCGGCAUGUACUUGUAUGAACUUUUCUGAUAAAAACCGCAAACCUCAUUACUUUUAGCCUGUCAAGAUAACGCGCCUUGUGUCCCUGGACUAAAGCCUUGAUCCGCCCAGUCUUCAAUGUACAGUUACCGGAUUCCACCCAAGAUUCUACCCGAGAAAAUAUUCUCCAGUUGUCUCCAUGCCUCACAUUUCUAAGGCACGGACAUUGAAAGGUUGUCUGAUCGGGUCUGUGGUCCUACUUGUCGUCCUUCUGAUAUCCCAUCAUCAGAAAAACUUAAAGGAUAUUAGCAGCAAACUUCCAUUUCGUAUAAUUAUUUCAUUUGAUGAUGUCACACAAUCUCAAGAAAAUAAAAGAAAUAUAGAGGAGAGUACACCACCUGCACACACACAAACCCACCCCCCAUAUCUAUGUGGCUACAACGUCGGGAGGAUCGGAAAUCGACUCUUCCAGUUUGCAUCUUUGUAUGGUAUUGCAUUCAUGAAGAAAAUGAAAUACGUCAUCCACACCAAUGACGUCAUCAAUCAGAUAUUCCUUCUCCACAAUGACUCCAAUCUUCUCAUCACAGACAGCCUAAAAUCCAUCUGUAAUGUUACCAUAUACAGAAGGGAGCGUCUAUGUUGUGGCUUUGACAACAGAAUUCUAAAUUUCCACCCGUCGCCCGGUGAGACGUACAGAAUCAUCACCUAUCUUCAGUCUUGGAAGUAUUUUGAAAACGCGAAAGAAAACAUCAAAAAGCAAUUCGUUUUCAAACCAAGCAUCAUCUCUUCAGUGAAAAAUGUGACUGCUGGUAUUCUCAGGCGCUUCAACGUCACUUCCCGUAAAGACGUGGUUCUGGUCGGUCUUCAUAUUCGGCGAGGCGAUAUAACCAUGAAAAACACAUACGGUCACGAGGUGGCGACACCUGAAUACCUGUAUAAAGCAGUCGACCAUUUCAAUAACUUUCUAAAUGUAAUAUAUGUCGUCUGCUCCACUGAUCUGACUUGGAUCAAAGCCAAUAUGCCAAAAAAUGCUGUACAAGUUUAUUUCAAUGUCCCGAAUGCUUUUCCAGAGAAUGACUUAGCAUUGAUUGCGUCAUGUGACCACGUCAUCACAACUGUUGGUACUUUUGGGUGGUGGGGAGCGUGGUUGUCAGGAGGUCACGUGACUUUCUAUAAGUGGCCAGCUAGAAAAGGAACAAUACUUAGGGAUGGUUUCAGCGAAGAUUUUAUGGAUUUUUUUUACCCUAGAUGGGUGGGAUACUGAGAGAUCCGGUCUCUAUAAUACACUAUGUAUACCUGACUGUGUUUAUAAGUCUCUAUACUACACUAUGUAUACCUGACUGUGUUUAUAAGUCUCUAUACUACACUAUGUAUACCUGA